GGGACCAAGAAAAGCCCUCUCUGAAGUAAGAUGUCAGCCAGCCUUUUCCCAGCCCACCAGCGCUCGGGGCUGCUGGAUGAGCUGCACGGCAGAGCCCCGCAAGUGCCCUGCCCCGAGGGACUGCUGGGCACCUCGGUGCUGGAUUUCGUGGCCGACCUCUCCCUGGGCAACCCCCAGGGAGCCCCCGGAGCCGAGGCAGGCCUGGGGCUCUGCGAGGUCACCACCAGGCCUCCCUUCCGGGACAGAGUCCUGUCGCUUCGGGAAGGGAUGGCCCGGGGCUUGCCUCUGGCUGCUUUCGGAAACGGCGAUCCCGAAGACGAAGAAGAGGAGGAAGAGGAAAGGAUGCGCUGCGCUUCCCUCCUGGACAGACCUAGGAGAAAACGGGUCAUCACCUACGCCCAGCGCCAGGCUGCCAACAUACGGGAGAGGAAGAGGAUGUUCAACCUCAACGAGGCGUUUGAUCAGCUCAGGAAGAAGGUGCCCACCUUUGCCUACGAGAAGAGGCUCUCUCGGAUAGAGACCUUGCGUCUGGCUAUAGUGUACAUCUCCUUCAUGACUGAGCUCCUGGACGGAUGUAGCAGACAGGAAGCGAGCUAGAGAGCGCCCGGGCCCGGCGAGACGCGGCUGGGGCCGGGCAUCACCCACGGCAGCGGGCAGGUGGCCUCGGCACUUCCCUCUUGGGGAAACAGAUCCGUCCAUGGCUCCUGCCUCGGCUUCUCACACUGCAGCCAGGACCGUGCAGGUGUGGGAUGCAAAACCGGGAGUGUUUGCAGAAGUGUGGGCUGAGGUCGGGAGCAGUUGGGGAGAAGAUGGAUGGAGAGGCUCAGUGUGUUGCAGAUUUGUUAAUAUUUAUA